GAAGCGUUGCUGAUGGGGGGAAGAGGCAACAGCGCCAACAUCCCACAAUGCAAUACAUUCCACGGGGGUAAAUUGCGCCUGCGUACUGUGCGCUUCCUUUUUGGACCUACGUCUCCAGAACUACAAUGGCCAAGCGCACCAAGAAGGUGGGGAUCGUGGGUAAAUACGGCACGCGUUACGGCGCGUCGCUCAGGAAGAUGGUGAAGAAGAUUGAGAUCAGCCAGCACGCCAAGUACACCUGCUCCUUCUGUGGCAAGACUAAGAUGAAGAGGAGGGCAGUUGGUAUCUGGCACUGUGGGUCCUGCAUGAAGACUGUUGCUGGAGGUGCCUGGACAUACAACACGACGUCUGCAGUCACGGUGAAGUCGGCCAUCAGGAGACUGAAGGAGCUGAAAGACCAGUAGACUGUUACCGGAGAAUCAGACUGUCACUGUUGUGUACAGUCCUGGACGCUGUGUCGAACAUCUACCACAAUAAAAAGCAGUCUGGAGCGGAACACCGGAGUCUACUUGUGUUGCUGUUGGUACAGCCCUGUGUGUUGCCUGCCAACUGAGUGUCUGAAUGCUACUUGGCACUGAUGUUAACUCCUACAGUCCCACUUCUAGCCCCUUUAAAAAUAUAUAUUGUUUGAGCUCCAGA